GCACGUGCACACCCUCACAAACAUGCACACACCUGCAUGCACGUGCACACCCUCACAAACAUGCACACACCUGCAUGCACAUGCACACCCUCACAAACAUGCACACACCUGCAUGCAUGUACACUUUUAGACUCCUUGAGAAGCAGAUCGGUCGUGCAGUUCUCUUGCAGUCCGGUUUUAUUUGUUAGUUACUUCACCAUGACUGUAGAAUCUGCCUUUUGCAGCUGAAACUGGUCAGCCGUACCCCUGGUGUAUUGAAAACAGAACACCUUUCUGAAUGUUUUUGAUACCACAGUAAAAGCAAAUGCAUCCAACAGAAAGGACAACAUAAAAUGUAAGUAGUCUUUUUUUUUUUUUUUAAGAACAAAAAAAUGUAAAUAAUAAACCGACUGAAAUAAUGACAGCCUUUAUUCUCUGAUUGAUCUUGACGUCUGGACAAGGGGGGUCUUACCACUUACCAUAGUGCAUGUUUUGGAUAGGUACUCCCCGCGAGAGAACAUCUGUGUCACCAUGGUUACAGUCGUAUCCCGUUUGGUCAGGACGUUCUGUUUUUUGCCUUUUUAAGUAAAAUUGCUUUGCAUUGACACCCGCCUUUGUCAUCGCACAUGCCUAUGUGUAGUUUUCGCGCUCUUAUUGUUUUGUCAGUUUGCCAGUGGAUUAGGGGCUGUGGAAGUAUGUGAUGUUCAUCGUGUAGUCGCGCAAAACAUUUUUCACAAAAUAAAAAUUUUCCCCCUGUGGACUUGUGCCGUUGACCUGAUCGUUUGCAAUCCUGUAGUCGUUUCUGCAAACCUUAAACGGGUGGUCUGUUCUGUUCUUAUUAUGAAAGGUUAAAAUUAGCGGUGUUAUCACACCAACCUGAUUCAAUAAAACCGGUCUCUUGGUGAUUCUCGACAGUAGCUGGUUACCAUGGAGAUGCUAGUAACGCCUGAAAUAACAGGUGAGAGCCUUGUGCCACGGGAGCCAUUUUGUAGCACAACAGGUCUGCUCUUGUUGCUGUUCAUUUAAAAGUAAACUCAUUUCAUUCCAAUUCAAUUCAUUCCGAAUGUGAAUAAAACGUAUAAAUCGCCCAUUAACUUGAAAUUCUGUAGUGUGGCGUAUGAAUUACCCUAAGCAUCAUCUAUUAGUAGGCCUUCAUGUGGCGAAACGCAAACUGAAUAGCACAGAAUAUCUUCAUAUGUGCAUUAAAAAGUAGCCCACAAGUUUGACUAUACAAAUACAAAAUAUAAAAUUAAGGUUUAAAGUAUCCGUUUUGUUAAAGGCUUUAAUUUCACUUCUCAGCGCGUCGGUUCAAAAUGGGGGCUGCCUUCUAUCUAGUCUCCACACAGUGGCAGUGCUGCUGCAGUUUUGUUUGAGGCCUCCUAUGUUGGGACUUCGGUUGAGUUUGAAUAGCCUAGGCAACAAACCUGGGCGCCGCGUAAAACAACGCUGUGUGGUCCCCUCAACCCGGGCGUCACGUGCAACGUCAAAGACACUACUUCAGCACCGACUGUUUAAACAGUUUUUGCUGGUGUCACAGUUAUGUAUAACAUCCGUCCGCGAUGUUUGUAUAACACCCACACGCAUAGAACCCCCUUGAACGCGCAAGACCAAAUAUGAUGAUGGAAAUGACUCCGGCUGACACAGUUUGCUGGUUGUUAAAUAGGUCGCAAGAACGACAGUAGAAUUGUAAUUACAAACUUCCUCAGUUUGGCUGGUUGGCCGUAACUGAAAAAGAAGUGCGUUUAUUGGAAUGGCAGGUAUGCCAUCCCGCCAACUUACGCCUUGGCGGGGGCAUAUUUAAAUUACGUUAAGUGGACAAAACAACUGCCCACGGCCAGCUUGGCCACAGUGAAGACCGAGCGCUAACGGUCCACUGGAGGCGCUAUGAUCAUAAAAUAAAUGAAAUUACCUAGUUCUGGCGCUCAUCGCUGAGAGUGGUGUGGGGCGAAGCGGGCUACUGAAGGAGAAACACUUUGCUCAGAUUCUCCCUGUGCGCGUAGUUCUGAGGUUGUGAACUCCCCACACGUUCUGUCUCUGUGUUAGGGAUGGGUCGGAGAGACAGGGUUGGCCUGGUGGAGAGGUCGAAGGAGACCGGUCUGAUCUCACCUUUUUUUUAUUAGGUCCCCCCCCCCCCUCCACCAAACAAAAAACACACACCCCUCUCAUUCUCGAGCGGAGCGCGUGCCAAUGCGUUGGGAGCGAUGGGUGAGUGAGAGUGAAUUGGAACAGGAGACGGAAAGGUGAAGAAGCAGUGAAUCGAAUCCGAAUGUCUGUUGGCGAAGCCGGCUGUUAACGUCUCAGCCUGUUUAUAUCUGCGUGCUAUAGGGCGAACCUUGGUAGCCGUUUCAUCUGCACGACGGUCUUAAAUUCGCCUUCCGUCGUUUUCGUUUCGUAGAACUUUAGUCAUAUGGUUCUGUCUCUUUCUGAUGGUAGCCUACCUCACACUUUCUUUUACAAGCUCCCAUUUUCCACGGAAAAGAAUGAGUGGGUCGUCUCCUAUGAGAACAUCUACCGUCGAAUUCCGGAGGGAAUUGCCGAGCGUCCCCGUGCGCUAGUGGGGACUGGGGAAUGCAUAGCUCCGUGAUUUUAGUGAUGAAAACGCGAAGGGGACAGGAACCACUCAGAGCUUAAAUAGUUGUCAUAGUUCCCAAUGUUCCGCGGCUCUUUCCCUGGGAUAAUCCGAUGAGAGAGAGUAGAGGGCAAGAGACCCUCAUGACUCUCGAGGGUUGUAGUAACAAGGGUCACUUUAAAGACGGAUUUGAAACGGCCCAGGUCGAAAUGUGGAAAAUGAGCUUACUUUAAAAGAGAGAAAUUUGACCGGUAGGAGAAAUGCACGGCGUCUCGUGAAGGAUAAACUCACAAAACUUAAUAUUAAUUUAUUUUUAUUUUAAAUCUUGGAACUGGAUUAACCUAUUUCUGUUUUCGCUGACAUAAUUACGGCGGUCUUCAAAAAAAAGGACAACUUUAUUUUGCUAAUGACAAUACUUCGGGGGUAGACGCGUUAAAAAAAACUUAGAGCUAAUAUUUUUAUUUUAAGUUCUCGUUCACGUGUGUGCGUGUGUGUGUGUGUGUGUGUGUGUGUUUCGGGGGGCGCAUAUGCCGAUGCGGUUGGCGGAGCCACGCCAUCUCCGUACGCACUGACGGAUUAAUUCAACUUUUCAUACGGCUGUUGGUGAGAGGCUUUGUCCAAAACACUGCUGCCGACUACCCGUUGCUUUGAUGGGAGGAAAAAGACUGGGUUCGGGGGUGACAAUGGCGUGUCGGAAAGGUGCAGGCAGAUUGAGAAUUCUGCUCGUGUUCCUUGUGGAUUUACUUGGAAUCUCCGCGACCAACAUGGAGCCCAUAUACUGGAACUCUUUGAACAAAAGGUUUGGGGAUACCCGGGGGUACGUGCUCUACCCGCAGAUCGGCGACCGGCUGGACCUGAUCUGCCCGGCGUCCGUCCCAGGGGACCCCCAUGCCCCCCCGGAGUACGAGUUCUACAAGCUGUACCUGGUGCGCACGCGUGAGCAAGCCGACAGGUGUGAGGUCACAGACGAGCCCAACCUGCUGCUCACCUGCGACAAGCCCCACAGCAACACGCGCUUCACCAUCAAGUUCCAGGAGUUCUCCCCGAACCUGUGGGGGCACGAGUUCCACACCCACAGAGACUACUACAUCAUCGCCACCUCAGACGGGACGCGGCAGGGUCUUGACAGCCGGAGGGGGGGGGCAUGCGUCACCCGCGGGAUGAAGGUGGUGCUUAAAGUGGGACAGAGUCCAGUGGGAAACGCCACACACCCAGGCUCAGUGGGCGGGGCUGAGGGCGGGGCCAGGCCGUUCUUCUCCAACAUGGUGCUGAUUGGGGGCGGAGUCGGGGGCGUGGCUUUUCUCCUGCUGGUGGGGGCCGUGGUGUGCGGGCUGUGCUACUGCUGCCGUCGCCCCAAACCCACCGCGUCUCGCCACCCCCCAAUCACCCUGUCCUCCCUCAGGGGGGGGGCUGCGGGUGGGGGGGCCGCCAUGGGGGGUGUGGGGGGCACCGCUGGAGGGGGGGCUGCGAGUGGGGGGGCUGUCGGCGGAGCCAGCAACAACUCCGGCUCUGAGCCCAGUGACAUCAUCUUCCCGCUGCGGACUUCUGACUCCGCCUACUGCCCGCACUACGAGAAGGUGAGCGGGGACUACGGGCACCCCGUCUACAUCGUGCAGGAGAUGCCCCCCCAAAACCCCGCCAACGUGUACUACAAAGUGUGAGAGAGGCCCUGCACCCACACAGCGUUUGUACAGUUACUGUGUAGCUACGUACAAGUGUGCGUGCGUGUGCAAAGUGCAUUCCUACACGUGUGUGUGUAUGUGUGCGUGCGUGUGCAAAGUGCAUCCCUACACACGUGUGUGUGUCUGUGUGCGUGCGUGUGCAAAGUGCAUCCCUACACACGUGUGUGUGUAUGUGUGCGUGUGCACAAUGUGCAUACGUGUGUGUGUGCGUAUGUGCGUGUGUGCACUUUAAAACCAAGCAGACAUUAAAGUCAGUGAGCUCAGAUUGUUUGUCAAUCUCGAUAAACACUUACAGAUCAUAUAAAUACUUGUGCCAUGAAUCCACUUUUUUUCUUUUUUGUAUUUGGCUGUUGUGCUAUAUUAAUCUGUGUUCGUCAGGAUGUGUUUUUAUUUAGUUUGUUGUUUUUAGAAUUCUGCUGUUUGGUUUGUUUGCCCUUUUCUUUGUGAUUUAAUUUGAACUCUCCCUGCUCAGCUUGUUUAGUCUGGGGUUCGUACUCUGCUCAGUGAGAUGAUGUGGAAGAUUUGACUCCAUGGUGGAGUUGUGGAUGAAGAAUAUAUUAAACUUACAGUAUUGCUAACAUGGGGGAUGUAAACAGAGAGGUGGAGGGGGGGGGGGUUACCCUGGAGAACUUCUGUUUAUGCUUAUGAUCACAUCCAGAGAAACAGGAAUAUGUUAGAUGAUGAAAUCAAGGCCAGGCUAAAAAUGAAACACACACACACACACACACAUUCACACACAGUUACACAACCACACACACACACACAUUCACUUGCAAUUCACAAAACCAUGCCAACACACAAAUUCACUAUUUGAGAAGUUGUCACCCUUGUGUUUUUACCCAUGAUGCAGUGCUCUUGCUUAGUCUCAGAGGGACUUGGGUCAGAAGGCAAGAGCAGAAACUCUGUGCUGCUUUCACACGCAGAAUGCACCAACAGCAGGGCAUGCUGGGAACAGCUGGGCCAGGGGUGAUUAUCAGUAAUCCCGUCUUAUUCUGUCAAAAUAAAAGCGACACAAAUUUACCUGCAUAUCUGCCCAUUAAUGUACAGUACAGACACUUUUCUGCGACGCUGUUUUUGUUUGUGCAGUAGAGAGAGGAUUAAGCACAGCCAUGAUCUGUGCUGAGGGGUGUGUGGAGCCAGAAGUGUGGUCUGAACCAGGAAACCCCAAAAUCAUCCCAAAGUGGCGAGGGGUUGUGAGAUAGCAGUCAGACGGAUUUACCUGUGCUGCAGGUAGAAAGGGGCGUGUCAACACAUUCCCACACUGCCCAGCUUUACAUCAUCAGCUUGUGACGCUAUGUCAGGACAGAGACUGAGCAAUGACUUCACCGCUCUGCGCCAUGGCGGGAUGGGCCAUUUGGAUGAGGGGUCAAAUCAGGAGCUGCCUGCCCCUCUGCUACACUGUGUUUGGAUUGGGGGGGACAGGGUGACGGAGGGGGGGGGGGGGAGAUUGGGGGUCACUGGAUUAUCCCACCGGGGCUCCUGUGCAAAGCAGACUGAUUUCUGUGAGCAGAUCCAACCUGCUGGAGCGAGACGCUGCUCUGUCCUUUGUUUUCCCUCCCUUUCUCCCUCCCUCCCUCCCUCCCUCCUUCUCUCUCUCUCUCUCUCUCUCUCUGCCAAAAACCUGAGGAGGAGACCACUGCCUCCCCACCUGAACUGCAGUGCGCAAUCAGACAGGACUCAGUACAGCGCAUGGAUCUCUGAGGCAGUACCACAGCCAUCCAACAGGGGCAGCAGAGACACUAAAGCAUCCUGAGCUUGAGCGCAGUACCACAGCCGUCCACCAGGGGCAGCAGAGACACCACAGCAUCCUGAGCUUGGGCGCAGUACCACAGUCGUCCACUAGGGGCAGCAGAGACACUACAGCAUCCUGACCUUGGGUGCUGUACCACAGCCAUCCACCGGGGGCAGCAGAGAGGAGAGGCUGUGCAGGUCAGGACAGGCCCAGAUGAUCAGGAGAAGAAGAUGAGGACAGGCAGCCAUGGAUGAACUCUGGAUGAGAGCACUGGACUGCUGCACUCAGACUUUCCCUGAACUGCGAGACGGUUUGUUGUUCCAUUUUUCUGUUUUUGCUUUUUUCUCUUUUGAUCUCACGUCUUACACACUCCUGCAAGGGUGACAAACUGGAACGUUCCGCACAUAAAAAAAACUGUUUUACACCAA